CUUUCUUUCUUUCUUUCUUUCUUUCUUUUUUAUUUAUUUUUAAAGCUCAAUAGCUUUCUAGGUCUUCUACAUAGUUAUGAUCCUUCUGUAAUGACAUAUUGAGCCAUUCCAUACAGGAACAUGAAAAAGUAUUUCUAACUCCCGAUUUUAAUGGAGGCUUAUUUGUCGUCAGUUGUGAGUAAGAAGCAGCUGUCCUAUAUACAGAUGACUGGGUACAUUUUGCGUCUUUGAUAUUUCGGUCUUCAAUGUGCUGGGCACACACAGGGUUAAUUCGUGUGUUCUUUGAUGCAGGCCCGAGGUCAGAUCUUUCUGAGAAGAGAGAAACACCACAUUCUUCGUGUGCCCAGCCCAGCAGCCUUUUUUGCUCUUUGACUUCAGUGUCCAUAUAAGGCAGAGGCUACCAUGGCAACCACGGGGCUUGAAUAGCAGUGUCAAAUCCCCUAGCUGCCCCCCACCCCUCUUUUUUCCUUUUUUUUUUUUACCGCCCCCCACCACCAUCACUGUACGCAGGCGCGCAGUCGUUCACUACCAGCUCAGCUCACCCUCUCCCUCCCUCCCUUAUUCAUGUCAAUCCUCUCGCGCGUUUAUGACCUAGUCAUAGAGAUUCAUGCGAGAAAUGCACACAGAAAUAUUUUUGGGGGAGUAAAAUAAGUUUGUUGGGCUUACCUAGCAUACAUUUGUAUCCAACACCUAAUUGAAUUUACGCUAAGUGGAACCAAGGCGAAGCUUUACCCAUCCCCCGGUUCGAUUCACGGAAAGAACGCUGGAGAGGUAGGCCGCAAGCCGUUGGGAGACAUGUACUGACAAAAGCUUGCUGAGACGAAAUCAUCUACCGAUGUUAAGAAACGGCUGGCUAAAAAGCCAACCGGAUUUUUUACGCAAGCUACUAUUCCCCGACUUUUAUCCAUUUUUGAUCACAGAACGUUAGUUAGCAAAGACAGAGCAAGGCCUUAUUUAACAACAACAAACGUGGGAGACCGUAGCGUCAAGUUACUUCCUCGAACUGAUCAUGCAGGAAAGAGACGCGUUUUGAUGAAAGAAAACGAUGGAUGAGCUCUCAUAUGACUGCAAAAUAAUUUUUGGUUGUAUUUUGAUGGAGCUGUGAAGCAUUCUCUGCUGCCUUAGCAAGCCUCUGAAAAGUCAAGGGUCAGAAGGACACUCCAAGGAGGAGAAACAUCAAAAGAGUGAAUGAGCCUGAGCCGUCAGCAAUCAGCGAAGAGCCAGCAAACAACCUGAACAUAAACAACACUGGAAGACCAUUUUCACAGACCUGUGUCCUUCACCUCAUCUGUCUGAACAUUUAACAAUGAGGCCGUGCAGAUCGGCUUGGCUCUGACACCCUCUGAGUUUGCUUAUCAGUUAAGCCCAUUGUCAAAAAACCCUCCCAGUGACGGCAUCAUUUGAGCUGUCCAGGUGGAGGCCACCUUCAAGCAGACCCUUCUUGCUAGGGGCUGACAACUGAGCAAUGGCCAUGGUGAGAGGGGGAUGGGGAGAUCCCAACGGCGAGACCAACGGUCUGGGGGAUAAGGGCUACCUCCGGGGGGAAGAGGGCGACGAGUCCCCCCAGGCGGGGGGCAGUGACUUGGAGGGGGUGGAUGAUGACAAAGCCUGCGUUGUGGACUGCGUGGUGUGUGGGGACAAGUCCAGCGGCAAACACUACGGCGUGUUCACCUGUGAGGGCUGCAAGAGCUUUUUCAAGAGGAGCGUUCGGCGCAACCUCAACUACACCUGCAGGUCAAACCGGGACUGUCAGAUUGACCAACACCACCGUAAUCAGUGCCAGUAUUGUCGACUAAAGAAGUGCGAAAGGGUGGGAAUGCGCAAAGAAGCAGUCCAGCGUGGACGCAUCCCCCCAUCCCACCCCAGCCUUAGCCCAAACACACCCAUAGGGGUUGGCGCCGUCGGCGUCGGAGGAGACGGAGGCGGCGUGGGCGAGUUCUACAACGGCCAGCCGGUGUCUGAGCUGAUCUCCCAGCUGCUGCGUGCCGAGCCGUACCCGGGCAGCCGCUACUCCCACCAGUACAACCAGCAGCUGCAGGGUGGCGGCGGCGGCGGCGGCGGCGGUGGCGGAGGCGGCACGUCCAUGGGCAUCGACAACAUUUGCGAGCUGGCCGCCCGCCUGCUCUUCAGCAUCAUCGAGUGGUCCCGGAGCAUCCCCUACUUCCCCGAGCUGCCCGUGUCGGAGCAGGUGGCGCUGCUGCGGCUGAGCUGGAGCGAGCUGUUCAUCCUGAACGCGGCCCAGUCGGCGCUGCCGCUCAACACCGCCCCGCUGCUGGCCGCCGCCGGGUUCCACUCCUCGCCGAUGUCCGCCGAGCGCGUGGUCUCCUUCAUGGACCAGGUGCGCGUCUUCCAGGACCAGGUGGACAAGCUGACGCGGCUGCAGGUGGACACGGCCGAGUACGCCUGCCUCAAGGCCAUCGCCUUGUUCUCCCCAGACGCAUGCGGUCUGACGGACCCAGCGCACGUAGAGAGCCUACAGGAGAAGGCUCAGGUGGCGCUGACGGAGUACGAGCGCAUGCAGUACCCGAGCCAGCCCCAGCGCUUCGGCCGCCUGCUGCUGCGCCUGCCCGCGCUCCGCGCAGUGCCCGCCUCGCUCAUCUCCCAGCUCUUCUUCAUGCGCCUGGUGGGCAAGACGCCCAUCGAGACGCUCAUCCGAGACAUGCAGCUCUCGGGCAGCUCCAUCAGCUGGCCUUACGCCCCUGGACAACAGUAGAGAAGGGGCACGGGGGGGCGGGGGGGGGGGGGGGGGGGCCUGAACCUCAUGCUUCACACCCUCGUCUGAGAUGCCUGAAGAUAUGGGGCUCUGGGAGUACCUCUGGAGGCCGCACCAGGUCCUCUUCUUAAAUCUUCAUCUUUUUAAACUCCUGAACAGUCAUGUGCCCAGGAGGGCCUGGUUUCUUUUUUUAUCAAUGUUUUCUUUGUGUAUGUUUGUUAGUCUGGACAUGAUUUUACAAUUGGAGGGGCGUAGGGGAGGGGGAGGGGGGGCUCACACUACUGGACUGGAGAUUGUUACAGUUGCAUAAACACUAAAGGUACUGCACAAGACUGCUGCAGAUGGCGAAGUACUCGUUCCUCAAGUGUGAUUGUCAGAUAUGGAAACACCUUUUGACUAGCUUGCCAAAGUUCAUUGGGGGAAGGAAAAAAAAACUAUGCGAGGUUUUUACUUUCACAGAAUGUGGAAAAUGCUAGUUAUUGGUUUCUGAAGAAUUAGUUCCAUCACUAAUAGGGCUAGUAGUCGUGUUACUUCUGUUUCUUGUUACUAAAUCCUAAGUCCUGGAACACUGACACUCUGGUACUCAUGCCAUAAUGCAGCCAAUGUUCAACUCUCCAAACACUGCCCAGUGGUUAGCUAUGACACUGUCCUCUAUACCAGUUCUGCCUACCAUGGACAGCAGCUAUUUGGAUUUCCACUCAACAAAUUCCAUUCAGAGAGAAACAUCUCAAAUACAAUUUGGUUUCAAAGAACCAAUGAUUAAUUAUGAACCCAUGAAUUAUGUUGCGUAAAAGGUGAUAUAUAACGAAUUCCAUUCACAGAGGAAAUCUCAAAUACAAUUUGGUUUCAAAGCACCAAUGAUGAAUUAUGAACCCAUGAAUUAUGUUGAGUAAAAGGUGAUAUUAAAAAAAUGAAAUGCUAAAAGCAUUUGCCGAUUUCCAGGAUGCAUUUGCCUCAGAUGGUCUCGAGAUCAUCUGAAAUUAAAACAAUUAAAUAAAAUGGAAAUGUAUGAGGUAGCGGUACAUUUCACAUCCAUGGUUGCAUGAUAACACUGACAGGCUUGGGAGGGUUGCACAAAACCACAUGGCUUAAAAAUCAAACAGUCGUGCUUUGUCUUUCAGAGGAGCAUGUUAAGUGGUGGACAUGGAGUUUUUUUCUUUCUGUGCUUACUAUGUCAACUGUAAUGAUCAUACCUUUUUUUUUCUAAUGGUGAACAGCUGACUCUUAACUUUAAUGUAUAUUAACCAGAAAAUACCUCGUCGUCCAUUGAGACGUGAAUGAACCAUCUCAGCCAUACCAUGUUAAUAUACAGCAUUUUCACAAUAAACUUCAUUUUUUUUUGGUCAUUUUACGUGUCUUUGACACUGUCAGAUUCCACAGUCUGCAGCAAAGGUGAUCCUCACUGCCAUGUUACAUCUCUGACGUGUACCUAAACGCUGUUUAUGUGGCUUCACUUGCAUGGGUGGGGGGAGCGUCAUAUUGGAUUCAUAUUCUGGCACUGAUCGCAUCGAUUCCCCCCCUGUCUGUGCUAUUCAAUGUUCAACGUUUUUAAGUGAUAGCCAUGGCAUACUUGUUUAUGUCUGCCUUAAACAUCCUGAAUAUGAUUCAGAAUUACCUCACUUUAAAAAGGCCUUUGAAAUAUGAUAAACCAACCUAAAGACAAAUACACUACAUUAUUUGCCAUUUAAAAACCAAACAUUGGUCUGUUUUUCAAGAAAGUCAUUUUUAUGAUAUGUGAGUGUUCAUAAACUCAGAAUUUUAUUAAUAUACCAUAAUAGUGAACAGGAACACUUUCUCAAAUUUGUUUGGUAAUGAAAAAGAUUCUGUGUAAUGUCCAAAAUAUACAUAUAUGUGAAUAAAUUCAUGACUUCUUUGA